AUGCAUGGGAUGUUUCAGGACUCAGUGGCCUUUGAGGAUGUGACUGUGAACUUCACCCUGGAGGAGUGGGCUCUUCUGAAUCCAUCCCAGAAGAAACUCUACAGAGAUGUGAUGCAGGAAACCCUCAGGAAUCUGGCCUCAAUAGAAGAAAAAUGGGAAGACCAUGACAAUGAAGAUCAGGAUGAAAAUUCUGGGACAAAUCUGAGACAUACAGUAGAAAGACUCUGUAAAAGAAAACAAGGUUGUCAAUGUGGAAAAACCUUCAGCCAGAUUCCAUAUCAUAAUCAGAAGAAGAAAAGUCCUACUGGAAUAAAACUACGUAAAUGCACUUUGUAUGGACAAGUCUUCAUGUAUCAUUCAUCCUUUAACAAGCACAUGAGAUCUCACAUUGGCCACAAACCAUAUGAGUAUCAGGAAUGUGAAGAGAAGCCUUAUAAAUGUAAGGAAUGUGGGAAAUCCUUCAAGCAUCGCCAAUCCAUUCGAAUGCAUGAAAGGACACACACUGGACAGAGGCCCUAUGAAUGUAAGCAAUGUGGGAAAGCUUUCAGUAGUCUCAGGUCCUUUCGAAUACACGAAAGGAUACACAGUGCCAAAAAGCCUAAGGAAUGUACAAAAUGUGGUAAAACCUUCAGUUAUUCAAGUAAUUUAUGUAAACAUGAGAGAAGUCAUAAUGGGGAGAAACCCUAUGAAUGUAAGGAAAAUGAGAAAGCCUUGCAUUCUUUCACCAAAUUUCGAAGAUACAUGAUCAAGCAAAAUGAAGAUGGAUUUUAUAAAUAUAAGGAGUGUGAGAAAGCCGUCAGUCACUAUGAUGUUCAAAAACAUGAAAGAACUCACACUGAAAUGAAACUCUAUGAAUGGAAACUCUAUGAAUGUGGGAAAGCCUUCACUUAUCCUUCAGGUGUUCAGUCACACGUGGUAAUCCACACUGGAGAUGGACCUUAUAAAGGGCAUCACAAACAUGAAAAAACACUGGAGAGAAACCCCAUCAAUGUAAAAAUUGUAGUAAAGCCCCCACCACAGUUCAACUUUGAAGACCCAGCAUAG